CUCGGAAACCAGAUGCCAUAAAAACACGACCAUGGUGUACUGAGUUGGGACACAUUUGCUCGUGUUUGUUUCAUGUUAACAAAUCUAUCCAUCGAUUACUCAGCUGUGGUUUGAAUGGGAUGAACAAAGCUGUAAACACAGCUCUUGAAGGCUUCAUCUGCCCUGCAUGUUUGGUCGACUUUCCGAGUGCAUCGAAGCUUCAAGAUCACUGGUUGAAGUUUCAUUCGCCCAAAGUCACCGCCAGCGGAACUGAUCGCGUUUCUGAUGAUUACGAAUCUAUACCAGAUGAUUCUUCACCGGAUUGUGCUCCUCAGGUGUGAAUUGUUUUUGUUUAGACAAUGAGGAAUUCAGGAGAAGUUUUGAAAAUGAGAUUCCUUGUCAAAUGGCUUAGUAUUUCACAGCAGGAUUUCUGAGAUAUCGUUGACUCCGCAGAGCAAGCGUUGUAAAUAUUGACAUUUUGUAAUAUUUAUUUAGAGAAAACGACAGUUCUAACAGGGUUUGACUCUGUGAUAGAAGGGAGUCUCAUAUGGAAGUGGUCUUAGUUCAUUCGACAAACACAGAUAAUUUUUUUUGUGCACAUAUGGGGCCUCGAAACUAAUUAUUCGUUUCGUGAACGUGGGGGACAUAGGUCUAACAGAAUUCACUAAUAAUAGGGCUUAUUGCAGCUUAUAUUCUAAUUCAAUCAAGAUACAAGAAGCAGAAAUAACAGUCUCCUUGAUAUUGUUAACAUAAUUUAGCUUCAUCGUAGUUUCUCGUGAGAAUUUUUUUUUACUUCCGAGUUAUUUGAGCACGAAUUCUGCAAAGAUGUGUUCAAUACAAGCCUCAAACGCAUCCGACAUUGAAUGUAGCAAAGUCCGAAAGAAAUGUACACAGACUCUUAAACUAUUUCUACGCCGUUUUAAAUGAAUCUUCAUAAUCGAUUUGUAAUCAUUUUAAAGGACAGGAUUUUUCUGUGUUUUUAAAUGGAUCUUUUUAGGGAAAUUAAUUUUGUUACCUGUAUUGAUCUCUUACACUUUUUAGGCAAAUUAAUUUAACCCAAUGUACUUCAAGCUGUCAAUAGCGCCAAAUUAGCAUAUGAAUGUCAAAUAUUUAUUUUGGUGUCGAAAUUUCUAGAUUUUGUGGUCCAAAUGAAUCAAAAGAAUUGCUUAUUUAUUGAAUGGGUACUUUUCAUUAAUGUGGCAAUUGCUUAUGAUGUAGGUAUGUGCAUAUAUGGCUUUGGCUUCCUGUCAAGGAACUGCUCCAAUAUUUAAAAUGAAUUGGUUAGAACAGAUUGUUUGCUUGUGAUUUCACAUUAUGACUGGCUCUGAAAGAGUUAUGCUAUGGUAACGAAUGGUAAAAACCAAAAGAAAAACUAUGAUUAACCAAGUGUAAACUGCACGAUAUGUGGAAGGAAAUGGUGAGGGUUAACUUUGCUAACCUGGUCUGUGACAGAAAAAAUUUUAUUUUAAAAUUGUUUUAGCAAACAACAUUAGCCACUUGACAGAAUUUUACUGUGAGAUUAUGCCAUGAGGCAAUAUUGCUCUACCUUUGUGUUUUCUCUUCAUGAGUGUUCUGCUGUGUUGAUGUUAGUUUUAAAAAUAAUUAAACAAUCACUCAAACAUAUGCAUCGAUCAGAUUCUCAAUUAAAAGACUUUUGCUAUAUCUGUUAUUAUUUAAAACAAGUUUAUAAGGUUAGUUUUUCUUUUUUUGUGUCCAUUCAGUGAUACUUGUAUCAGUAUAAAGAAAUAGUUUCUAGAUUUUUCUAACAUCUUCCUUGAUGUCACAAAAGAUCUGAUCGUGAUAUUACCACUUACUUUUAGAAAUUGCUGUUAAACGGUGUGAAUAUCUCUCCUUGGAGAGACAAGUGCCAUUCGAAGUAACCAAGAAGUUAACACUUUAACUUCCAAGAUCUAAUUGUUAAUUCUUUCCUCUAACUGCCACACAAUUCCUUGUAAAUUAGUUGCAAGAUUGUCAAGGGAACAACUUAUACCUGAUAAGUUUGAAUAUUCUUAUUGCCUGUUUGCCAGAAAAUGAAUGGAUAUUGUUAAGAGAAGUUGGGUGUUAAUCACAUCUGGAAGUAAAAGGGUUGAAGAGAAGUAAUGGAUUGUGAAAGAUUGAAAAGUUGAUCAAUAUAGAGAACACAUGACCAAUUGCCUGAAAAGAUCAGGCUGAAUUUUUCAUGUUAUUAUAAUGUUUAUUUUGCCUCUUAAAAUUUAAGAUCCUUUGUAUAAUAAGUUAAAUCAUGCACACAUUUUGAUUGGUUCUUACCUUAAUGAUCCAUUGGAGGACAGGCACAUAAAUGACAUUACCAUAAUUUUUUUUUGCUUCUUUGUCAUAUAAAAGAAAUAGAUAUCAUGUUGCCAUGGGCUGGUACAGUAAUAGAUCAUGGGGAGGUCAAAAUGUGGUAAGAACAUUAGUGACACACUCUGUGCCACUUUUUUGUUCUUACGACAUUUUGACGUCAUCUGUUAUCUAUAAGUGCACAGAUGCUAGGGAACAUGAGAUAUAAUUGUUAAGAGGUGAUCUUCUUGGCGUGGCUACAGCUUCUUAGUUUAUUGGUAAUGGGAUCUGGUGACCUUUAAAUCAUGAGCUAAACGAUUCAACAUUUGAUUGUUAAUUGAUGAACUAUCAGCAAAAAAAAUUUACAGGAUAGAUUUUUGUUUACUUUCAUGGACUUUUAUUUAUGUCAUCAGUUACUUGGUUUGUUCUCUACUGGAUGUAUUAAGAGUGAUAGAAAAUCUGUAAUUUGCUACUACUGACCAUAUAUUCCUGAGAUAGAGAUAAAAGUGUAAUCCAUGGCGAUCAGUAUGAUUAAGGAAACUUUACUUGUGACUUUCAUUGAUUGGCUGAUAACAAUUAAGACGUUGCUAUCCACCACUAAUAUCAACUGACAACUAACAAAUGACCCAUUAUUUGUGUUGAAUUUUUAGAUCACUUAAUUGUUCAGUCAAGGGUAGUCUCAGAAUUACAGUAUUUGCUAAGACGCUGAGUUUAAAGAAGUUUUACACUGCUCCUUGCAAGAAACUAUAACAGGAAACAUAAUUAAAAGUUUUUGGUCGUCUGUUCUGGAUCUCAUGUAGUCCUUUUAGACCUUUAAGAAUCUAUGCAGCUGAAUGCCAAAAGUAAUCCUUGGCUCCUUUGCUUUGCUUUUCCACAUACUCUGAUUGUUUCAGACAGUUAGUGCCCUUUUCUCAAUCAGUCAGAUGCAAAAAGUUUGAACAGCAACUGGGACUUUUCACUUUUUUCCAUGUUUAACCAUUUCACUCCCAAGAUUGGAUUGUUAAUUUUUCCUUCUAGCUGUUACACAUUUCUAUGUAAACUUGUUACAAGAAUUUAGUGUUGAAUCAGUGUAAUAUCUUGUACCUGAUAAGCUUGAGUAUUCUCAUGACCAGUUUGCUGGAUAUUAUAUGAUUGGAUGCUAAAGGGAGACGUUAUGGGUGGUUAUUUCUGGGAGUUAAAGGGUUGAGACAGUUAACCCUUUAACUCCCAAGAUCUCAUUAGUAACUCUCCCUACUGUCUGCCAUAUAGUCUUGUGAUGUUAGUUUGGAGAAUUUGGUAUUGGAUCAACUAAUAAUCCCCUAAUUAAGAUUUUUCUUUAUUCUCAUCACUUGUCUGUUUUAGUAUUGAUAUUGUAAGGAGAAAUUCUGUCUUGGUCACUCAUGAGAGUUAAAGGGUUAACACUUCAACUUUAAGUUGUCAUUGGCUCCUUGUGGUUUUUCAUUUAAUUUAUCUGAUUGUCCACUGUGUUCUCUUUGGUUUUGGUUUGAUGAUUGUUAUUAAGCAAAAUACACUCUUGAUUUGUCUAAUACUUGGAUUGGUUAAGGCACCUUGUAUGUAUAUAUCAUCACCACAUACCCUUGGCAUUUGUCAAGUUAUAUCCUCUCUAAGAGAUAUUUUCAAAAGUUAACAAUUAGAUGUCUGGAUUUUUAAUUUUCACCUCAGGAGAAUUCUGGCGCCCACUGUGACUAUGAGAUAAAAAAAUGAAAAUAUAAACAUAAAAAGGAUUAUAUUGAAAAAAGAAAAACAUCUAUGAUUACAUUUCGCUUUUUGCUUGGGGUAAUCAUUUUUGAAGGAUUUAACCCUUGAUAUCCAAACAUCAGCGUGCAAGUUCUCCUUAAUGUUCUCCAUACAUUUCCCAAGAUGCUUACAAGGAGAAUUUCUCUAACAAUCAAGGGCUUAUAAUAAUUAUCUUUAUUGAGAUCACUUUUUCAUACAAUAAAUGAUCAUUUCCUUUAUUCUUGAUACCAUAAUGUUUGAUUUAGGGGUGAUUAUGAAAGGAGAAAUUAGAUCUUAGUCACUCUUAGAGGAUAAAAGGUUAAGUUACCAAUAUGAGACAGUUGAUUGACAUUAAUAGAUAUUUCCAAAUGGCUGGCAUCUGGAAUUACAUUCCAAGAGGAUAUUAAAUGUCUGGAUUAACUUUCACCAUGUUGACAGUAUGAUGCAUGAACGAGGAGCCAGCCUGAUCCUUCCAUCUUCCUCAUUUAGAUCUCUUUUGUAUGUUCUCAAAGCUAGCUUUGAAGAGAAAAAGAUCCCUAAAAAUCCUGCAUCAUCUUGCAGGUUCUGUUACAAUUAGAUCAAAGGUAAAGGUUCUAGUUUUAUUGGCAAAUGAUUCAAAUGAGAAUUUUGGUGACUCGAGGUCAUUACAAAAGACUUGUAUUUUGUCUAGGGUUGUAAUUUUUUCCUCACAUAGUUGUAAGAUGAUUCUAGAGGUCAACAUUUAUGUGUUCUACUCAGCAACUUAUUGUAAGAUUAAUUAGAUUUCUUUGUGUUUUAACAAGCUUAAUAUGCUUUCUUUUCUUUACAGGAGAGUAAAGAUCACAACUCCUGUGAUCAUGUUUUCAAGUCUGACUUGUUAGCUGUACUGGAGAAAUGUGGCUUUUGUGGUCAAGAGAUUGAUAGCUUAGGGAAAAUAUGUGAAGGUGUAAAGAUUGUCUUGCUCCAUUCUAUCUCUUUGUAGCAUUUUUUUGAAAAUAUAUUUGAGUACAUGUGCAGGCAUAAUAUGACGUGUUUAUAUUUCUCUGGGCAUGCCAAGCUGAUGGAGUGUAUGUUUUCAUUUACUUUAUACAUCAAAAUUUAUUUGCUUGUGUUAAACUUCAUCAGUUUUAAUUGAUGACAUGUAUAUCAAGAUUUUAAACAUUUGUUGGAAAUGAGAGUGAAUUAGAUUUUGAACACUUAACAGCAUUUUAUUUGUGAACUCAUUUACAUAACUAACAAGAAGACAGUGUCAAGGUCAUCCCAUUUAUUAACAUUCUGAUUUGCAUCGUAAUGAAAAGUAAAGAAAAACAUUUUAAUAUAUAUUCUGAACUUGCAGGUUGUAAUUUCCAUUGCCAUGACAAGUGUGAAAAGAUGGUAAGAAUUUAAGUUGUAAUCACUGUAAUUAUUCUUUCAUCUGAUGCUUUGAAGCACUUAUUCUCUACAUAUGAAUGAUAUCAAUUAGUAAUUUGUAAUUAAUUAAUUAUUAAUUGAUGGUAAGUCAUAAUUUUGUGGUCAAUACUGUAAGAGUGUACUUAGCAGGUACAGUUUCAAGGGUAUAGUUUCAAGAGCACACUUCACUUAUCACCAUUUUAGCCCAGAUACGACCAGAUUUUAUUGAUCGAUGGAUAAAGUUGAAUGUUGGAAAGAGGGGUCUUUGAUGUGUGGGCUCACCAGCUUCCCUUGGUCAGGAUGCCAAAGCAAAAAUACUUUUUCCUUCUAACUUGGGGACAGUUUUUAAAAAGCCCAUUCCCUGAAUGCGGGAGAGCAGCUGUGGCUGGUAUAGUUUCAAGAGAAAAUUUCACCCAUCACUUUUAUAAUAAUACUUUUAGUCUCUGCUGGGACCUUGGACUUUACUCAUUUGCCGAUUGAUUUUGUUGUUGUGAAGAAGGUUUGUCUAUUUCUGGGUUCUUAAGCUUCUCUCCAUCAGUGUGAAAAAGAAAAAACUCUUUCAUUUUGACCUUGAGCAGUUGGUAAAGAGCACCUUCCCUAAAGCUCUUUAACAAUUUUUUCAUUUUUUUAUAAAUUCAAUAUGUUCUUAAUUUGAUUAAUCUUGUGCUUUUGCAAUGACUAUUUUACCAAAGGUCAAAGAGCAGUGCUCAAGACAAAGUUCUGUCAAAUCAACACAUAGUAAAUUCAAGGUAAUUGAUACAAAAUAUCUUAAUGGUAGAUACACAUAAAUACACUUUGAAAAUAAGACUUGUCAGUCUUCAGUUUAUAUUACAUGUAUAUCAAGGUAGUGACUCUCAAACUUGCAGACCAAUGAGUAACCUGACUUUCCUAACACGUAAACUUCUAAGAGUGACUAGCAUCUAAUUUCUCCUUACAAUAUCACCCCUGAAUCAAGCAUUAAGGUCAAGAGAAUAAAUAAAGUUAUUGUGCACUCAAGAAGCUGUUGAUUGUUAAACAAAUUCUCUUUGUCAGCACCUUAAGAAAUGUAUAGGGAACAGUGUGGAGAAUCUGCAUAUUGAUGUUAGGGCGUAAGGGGUGAGAAAACGUCAGACUAUGCAUUGGCAGGCCUAGUUUAUAGAGAAAUAUGAUCAGGUGAUGAUUAUGACAUGCUGAACUUAUGUUCAAAACAUCAGGUCUUGUAAGACCUUGUACCUUUUGCGAGUGUAAUACCAGCAAAGGGUUCUGAAAAUCUGACAAAAUUUUGGGGCUAACUUGUAGUUAACCCUCUAACUCCCAUGAGUGACAAAGACAGAAUUUCCCCUUACAUUAUUAAUGCAAAAUCAAGAAGACAAGUCAUUGGACCAAUGAAAAAUAUCAGUUUGGGGAUUAUUAGUGAUCCAAUACCAAAUACUCCAAACUGACAUUAUAGGAAUAGUAUGACAGACAGUAAGGAGAAUUGCUAAUGAGAUCUUGGGAGUGAAAGGGUUAACUACAGGCUAUCACCAGUGAGGUGCAGUGGCAAUAUACCUUUUUAACCUCUUAACUACCAAGAUCUGAUUGUUAAUUCUCCCUUUUAGCUGCUACACACUUCCUUGUAAAUUAGUUAGAAGAAUUUGGUGGUAGAUCAAGAUGAAAACUUCCUUCUGAUCAGUUUCAGUAUUCUCAUUACCAAUUUGCUGGAUAAUGUAUGGAUAUUAUAGGGAGAAGUUGUAUGUUUAUCAUUUCUGGGAGUUAAACAGUUGUAACAAGUCUAAAAGAAUCAGAAAAUAGAACUGCAAACACCUGCCUGGAUUUUCUGUAUUUAGAUAUAAAUAACUACACAUCACUGUAUCACCUGAUUUCAAUGAGAUGCUAAUGCUUCUCUUGUGAUCUAAGACAAAAACAAAAUAAAGAGCAGAUUUGAAUGAUUUAAAGUUCUGUCAAAUUAAAUCCUAUACUGAGAUUUUUUUGAUAAAAUUGUCCGUAAUUAAUAAUUCAUAGUAGAUUAUAGAUCAUCAAGUCCUCAUUUUAUUUUUUCAUUUUCUGUCUAAACCCCGCCCCCCUCCCCACCCACUGCUCUCUAACAAAACUUUAGCUUGUUAGCAACCCCUUCCCUCCUCUUCCCUCUUAAAAAAAGACCCCCCCCCCAAAAAAAAAAAAAAAAAAAAAAAAAAAACUCCCAAGUGGUAGAAGUGCUGUUAUUUAAUUGGGCCUGUGUUGGUUUCUGUUUUGAAUAUUGAAGUAUUUCAACUAAAAAAAAAAGAAUGAAUCGCAUUACUUAAGUUUUCAAAAAGGGCCCCUUCUGUAAACCCACCCCUCUCUCUCUUCCUUUUCUGUGAUAAGCCCUGGUCUCCAAUAACCGGCCCUCUGUCUGGGAGCCCUGAGAAUUGAGAAGUUGCCUAGGGGGUUUAAUGAUAGGGUCUAUCAUACUUGUAAUCACCUUAGGAAAAAGUCAGGUAAGUAUUUGACAAGUUUUAACUCGCAAAAGAGCGCUUUUGUUAAAUGUAGGAGAGUACUCAGGUUGUUAUGUAAAAUCUACCACCUGAUAAUUCUUUAUGCAAGAAAUUUUACCUGAUUGAAAUGGAUUUCAAUCACUGACAAUUAAAUCUCUAAUGAAUCUUUUGCUAUGGUGAUUUUUGUUUAGACAUUGCCUGAUGAGGUGGAUGUGGGGAAAAGAUCAGUAAGUAAAAUGUGUGAACAAAUAAUUCAAACCACUAUCAUAUAAUUAAUAUUUCUUUUUAAUUUCAAGCCAGAGCUUGUGCUCAAAAUUUCAGCUCCAGAUACUCUCUACUGUGACCGAUUUUUUUUUUAAUCAACUCAGUUGAUAAACAACUAAAUUAUCCUCUAGGACACCUCAUUGAAUCAGCACCACAGUUUCUUAAUUUAGCUUCCAGAUAUCGAUCAUACAAAUAAGUUAGAGAUAGAUUUUAUUAAAGAGUAAAGGGGGUAAGUUUCUAAAGAAACUGUGGUGCUACAUCGGUGGGAGAGUAUAGCAGGUGAUUUAGUGUUUACAACUGAGUUGAAAACGUAAAUUGGCCACCGUAAAGAGUUAAAAGGCUGACGUUUCCAGCGUUAACCCUUUGUCAGAGGGAUGGUUAAUGUGUUGACUAUUAUAUGAUAUCCUUAUUGAGUUAUAACCAUGUCUUGAAAUUUUGUGGUGUUACUGAUGAUGUAACUGAUGAAUUUCUAAUCCCCCUUGGCUCACAGUUCAUUUUUACCCUGAGAGGAUUUGUAUGCCUCUGUAGGAGGUCAGAGCUUAUAUUUUGGGGUCAUUCAACUUGAGUUGCAAAUCACUGAUAAGGUUCAAAAGACAUGUAUGCACAGAGCAAGCUGCAUAAGUACUCGGUUGAAUUGUAUAUGGUUGUGGAGGCUGAUUCAAGAAAGGUCUCUUGAGAGUAAGCAUGACUACUAUGAUUUAUGUUACUUUCAAACCAGUUACAGAUGAACUUAGUAUUUGCAAUGUUCUCCUUUCAAGUGGUAAAUUGUAAAAUUUUCCACUGUAGCACCUCCUAUUACUGGUACUACCUAAAAUGGCUCGAAAUUCUGGAACAUUUAACAGAUAAAAGGAUUGCUCCACUGGUUGAAAAAUUCUCCUUUUUAUUGUGCUCAAAAAAGGGAGAACAUUGCAUUUGUGGGAGGCUUUCCCUUAAAGAUGUUGAGGCUUUUUGGAAAACAUUUUGGUGUGUGAAUUUUAUUUGUUGAUUAAUUAUUGAGAGCCUGAGCAUGCUCGGUAUGUAUCUACUAGUAGUUUAAAUCUUAAAAUAUGAGUUGAAAUUAUAUUUUGAUAUGGGUAUUUUUUUAAAUAACCCUUUUGUUUUUUUGCUUUUUUUUCUCAGCGGCUGCCAUCACCACCCAAAAGCCUUGUGACAAACAUCUGCUAUCACAUGCGGCACAGAGUUUCCAAGUACUGUCUUGCACUUUUCUUACUUCAGAAACAAAAUUGAGGAAUUAACUAAUAAUUCUAAAAGUCCUUGUAACUAACUGAAGUAAAAAGCAGUGUGAGUCACAAGAAAAAUAGUGUAGAGAUAUUUGACCCUUGCAUGGCUGUGAGAUGGCAAGUUUGUGUUUUUCAGGACCAGUUCCAGUAUGUUCGUAGUAAUCUUGUUGCUCUGGAGUGGCAUUGUGGAAUUGUUGUUCAAUCAAAACCAGCCCUCGCAUAUUUGUACUCCUUUUCGCUUGGUCAAUAAGCAAAUUUGGGAUGUUCAUCCAGGCGUCCUUUGGGUGUGGCUGCUUUGAUUUUGCAAUUCAUUGUCUUAGCUGUUAACUAAUUAUCACUUCAAUGUUCCAGGAACAGAGUGCGGCAUGUGGAUGAACAUUUUGAUCUGGACAUGACGUACAUAACAGACAGAAUAAUCGGUUAGCCUGGAAAUGAUUCUUAUAAUAAGUCUGCCAUAAUGAUUGUCAUUCUUGCUACCACAGAUUUUCUGCUGUGUUAAACAAAUUAUAUGUUUAUUUUAUUCUUCUUAUGGAAAUUGUAGCAAUGUCAUUUCCAGCCUCUGGCUUGGAAACAACAUACAGAAAUAACCUCAGAGAGGUUGCAAAAAUGUUACAAACAAAUCACGGAGACAAAUUCAUGGUAAGCUGGAUUCUUCCUUUCUUCCAUUUUUCCUUUCCUUUUUAUGCUUUCUUUCCCUAUUUAUUUUUUGUAUAUUGGAAAUAUUUUUUUAUUAUCUGAGAUUGAUAGUGGGAUAAAAACAAAAUUAUUGAGUUAUUCUUCAAAAUUAGAAUUAUCUAAGGUAGUCAGAGAAUUUUGUGAUGUCCAAUUGCUAAUGGAUGGCCUUACAUCUUGUUUUCUGCUCUGAUCUUUAUUAAUUAGUUUGCUGUAUUUUUCAGGUUUUUAAUUUAUCUGAAAGAAGAUAUGACAUAUCCAAAUUGAAUCAUCAGGUGAGGUUCCUGUAUGAGUUCAAUUUUGUGAUGCAAUAUGGCAUUUCAUCAACCUUUGGUUGUUAGGUCAAGUUUAGCCUUUGAAAGCUAGAGCGGAGAAUUAGUAAUCAGAUCUUAGGAGUUGAAGGGUUACUUUGCAUACCAGCUCUGUACAGAAGUAAAUGGAAUCAGCAAGUACUUUUAAGUUUGACUUUCAUUUUGUUUGUGGUCUAGGUUUUAGAUUUUGGUUGGCCCGAUCACUUAGCCCCACCUCUUGAAAGAUUGUGUAGGUAUGUUGCUUCUGUUUCUUUUUUGUUUUGAGAAUCAAAUAGUGAGCUAAAAUCCAAAUUACAAACUUAGCAAUUUUUGUGUUUUUCUCUUUACUUAAUAUGCAGUAUAAUUAAAUCAAUUGAUUCAUGGCUCAAGAGUGAUCCCUUGCAUGUGGUAGUUGUCCAUUGCAAGGUUAGUAAAGAAAUUAUUAAUAAUAGUAUCUGUUGAUUAUUUUGAAAAGGCGUUCUUGAUAUAUGAAGCAAUUAUUUUCCCAAUUGUUACACUUGGUAAUAGUAAGGUGGCAAAAUACAAUGGUAAAGCCCACAGUGUCGCAUUCCUUCCAGCAGGCCCCCACAAUAAUUUGCAACAAUUUGUUGAUAAUUAUUCAGUCUAGUAGUUGUUUGGGUUCAAUGAGUUUUUGAUAAUUAUUAUUUCAGGGAGGGAAAGGAAGAACUGGAGUUGUUAUUGCUGCAUACAUGCAUUUCAGUAAGAUAUGUUCAAGGUAAGUUUUAAACAACUAUGAAAACUCUAACAUUCAAGAAGUGUGAUCACAUUUUCUACAUUAUGUCAAAAUCAUGUCAAAAUGAACAAUUUCCCCUUUUUUUUUUCAAUCCCAGAGAUCUUAGACAUAAUUAUUGCAUAACAAUAAUGAUGAUGAAGACGAUACACCUGGCAAUAGUGACAAUGAAAAUGAUAACAAUAACAAUAUGACUUAUAUUAGUUUAUACAACACAUGUGUAUAGUGCUUUUUGCACAGGCUUAUUGAAUGGUUUAUGAGUGAUUAUCAAGACAAGUACUAUUCACCCCUGAGCAGCCAAAGAGACAAAAUUGCGCACCAAUAAUGUAAUUUUCGACCAUUUUUUGGUAUAUUGAUAGAAAUAAACUGAUUUUUUUGGUUUCUGUGUAACAAUUGUGAUAAAACAUUCCAAUUUAACAUAAAUUGGUAAAAAUUUUUAAGUGGCAAGAAGCAAAUCAGUUGACUUUUUGGCAAAACACUGCUGAAGGAUUAAACUUUGGGCAAACAGGAAUAAAUUCAGUAAGUGUCAGAGUGCUGUCUCGUAGCUUUACUACUCCUCACAGUACAUGCAUUAUCCAGCUAGAAAGUGGAGCAAAUCAAUACACAAAUAUAUCAGGUCAGAGAUGUGUCCUGAUAUAAUAUCCAAUUCUCUCAACUAAGUUUCAGAGGGAAUGUAUUGGAUCAAGUAGGGAGAAUUAUGAAUCAGAUCCGAGGGUUAUUAAUUGUGAUAUUCUCUUGCUAGCCCUCAAGCUGCUCUAGACUGGUUUGCCAUGAAAAGAUUUUAUGAUGACAGUUUGGGGGGAGUCACACAGCCAUCACAGAGAAGGUUGGUUUUAAAAUAAUCAAAACGACCCAUUUGUGCUUGUCUGUAUAUUGUUUGAAAUGUUGAAAGCCACACUUCAGGUGAAUGUUUAUCUUUUAGCUAGAGCGGUCUUGGAAGGGGCUGUUGGCAGUGAAAUUAGCAGUCAUUUCUGAAUCAAGAACUCAUUUAAAUAAGUGGAAGACAUGAACAGGGUUUAGUCAUUCAUUAAUGAAUAAAUUAACACUUUACACCCCAACGUUAGUAUUUAAAUUCUCCCAGUGUUCCUUAUGCAUUUCCUAUGGUGCUAAGAAGGAGAAUUUGUUUGGCAAUCAGCUGUAUCUUGAAUUAGUGAUCAUUUCCUUUAUUCUCAUGACCUUUACAUUUGAUGCAAGGGUGAUACUGUAAGGAGAAAUUAGAUGCCAGUCACUCUUAAGAGUUAACCCUUUAACUUUAAGACAAUUUCUCCUGGCAAUAUCAAUACAAAAUCAACCAGAUGAGUGACGAGAAUCAAGAAAAAUAUCAAUUUGGGGAUAAUUAGUUGAUCUAAUAUUAAAUUCUCAGAACUAACAUUAGAAGAAUUAUAUGGUUGACAGUUAGGAGAAUUACAAAUUUGAUCUGGGAGUUAAAGGGUUGACUGUGGUGUCCUUUGUCAUUUUCAGAUACGUGCACUACUUUAGUGAUUAUUUGGAUGGAAAAGUUAAACUGAACACGGAGUAAGUCUUUUGAUGUACCACAUUUUAAACUCUCCCCUCCCCCCACCAUCCACCCCCUGGAAUACAAUGGUUAUAAUUCUUUUUAUUUGCUUAUUGAAUGUCGUGUGUGGGUGUCGUACAAAUGUAAGGGGGGAGGGGAUGGGCACUUUUGGUAAUUUUCUAUGAUAAGUUUCUGUGCCUGUCUUUAUCAAUGCGAUUUCUGAAUCAAAUGAGAUAACGCAGUGGGCAUCAGCACUCAGGGACUUUAUUGCAGUCGUUGUUUUACACAUAUACAUCCCAAAACUCCAACGCUAGUAUGCAUAUUCUCUAUACAUUUCCUAAGGUACUGAAAAAGAGAAUUUGUUGAACGAUCAAGAGCGUAUUUAGUGGGUGAUCCUUUCCUUAAUUUCAUGACCUUAAUGUGUGAUUCAGGGGUGGUAGGGAGGGGAGAAAUUUGAUGCAUAUCACUCCCAGGUUAAGGGUUAAUGAUGUUGGUCUCAUGAAAUACUAAACCUUGUAAAGAUAACUAUUUGCUUAAUAUUUUGUCUUUUUUUCGUUAGUCCCAUAUUUCUUCAUCAUAUUAUUGUUCAUGGAAUACCAAGUUUUGAUACCAAAGAUGGUAAGAUAAGAGUGUUAUUUAUCUGAUUUUUUUAUUUAUUCCCAAUAACCCCCAGUAAACAGAGUAAAGAGAAAGAUAAAUUUGGGAAUAAUUAGUUGAUCCAACACUAAAUUCUCUGGACUAACAUUAUAAGAAUUGUAUGGUUGACAGUAAGGAGAAUUACAAAUUUGAUCUGGGAUUUAAAGGGUUAAUUGUUAUCAAUGUGUAACUCUAUUUAUUUCACGGUUGCCUCUAGGCUGUAAGCCAUUUCUUCGAGUAUAUGACGGGCUAAAACUCAUUUACACCUCAGGAGUUUAGUAAGUUUUAUUUACUUUAUUAGGUGAUCAGAUAUUCGAAACCAUUUGGUGUAAUUAUUGUAUGUGAUCAAUUUGUCUUCGUUCGGUUUUGUGAUAAGGUGAAUUUUUUCAAUUUGCUUUCAGUCACGUGACGCCAGAUAUGGAAAGAAUUUGUAUCACCAUUGAAGGAGGUCUUAUACUGCAUGGAGAUGUCUUGGUAAUUUGAAAUUUGUAAUCAUUAGCGAGAGGGAGCUAUCUUGAUGCAGUUUCAAAUUCUCUUAACUUAUUUACAAGGAAAAGUAUCGCAUCCAGAAGGGUGAAUUGACAAUUAGAUCCCAGGAGUUAAAGGGUACAAUGCUCUCAUGAUUGGGAGCCCCUUUAAAAGAAAAACCGAAGAAUCCUAACAAACAAUCAGAGCGAAGGACAAAUAUUGCAAAGACCCGCUAAGGACUCGGAGGUAAAAACAAACGAACUGCCUUAAGCGCGGGAAAACGCGUGUAACCUCGUCGCUAUUGGUUUAAGCUUUGUACUGGAUUGGGUGAAAGAAUGGCGCGAAUUAUCUCGACCAAUCACGGACCACAAUAAAUUAAAACCAAAUAAACCAUUCUGGAUUCAUUUUGACCCUGAAUUGACUUUUUUUUAAAUGUAAGUCAUCUUGUUUUCUUUUCACAGAUCAAGUGUUAUCACAAGAACACUCUUUCGUCCGGUCGUGAUAUCAUUUUUAGAUGUCAGUUUCACACUGGCGCCGUUAGGGAUUAUGGCCUCGAGUUGGACAAGACUGAAUUAGAUGAUGCUUGUAAAGGUAUGCACCUCAUGUUCUUAAUUGGUCUUAAGAAUACUCAAGCGCUUCGACACAGUAGACCCCUCCCAAAGUAGAGAAUUUAUCUUGAGGAAAAAUAAACUCUAAGACGGAAAGUAGGAAUUGAAUCAAAAUUUUGCAACCUUAGACUUCAGAGGGAGGGGUUUUGCCGGGGAUCUGGCGCUCAUUAUCAGUUUUAGACCCAUUGAAACCUCUCGUAGGGUAGCGUUACGUAAGGCCUCAAAUUUUGGAGAAACACUCGUGCCGAAGCACCAACAACGAGGAUUCUGCUCGCAGACCACGGAGUCAAUGUAUUCCUUGUUCUUUUUAAGAGCCUCUGUCUUUAUUCCCACCAACAGAUAGAAGAUUUCCAGACGGAUGUAAAGUAGAAUUUGUCUUUUCUGCUACGGGAAACUUUGUAUCAGGUGAGAAAAACCUCUUCCAUUCACAAGCAACGUCUCUCAUGGUGUUUAAGUGAACACAUUUUUCGCUUUUUCUCUUUGCACAAAAGUGACAAUGAUCUGAAUUUUAUCUUGUAGAUAUCAAAAUCAACGAGAGAUUACGCUCAAUUAUUAGACAUUCGCUACAUCCAGUGGAGAAUCCUGACACUGUUCUUUACCCACUGGCUCUGGAUAACUGGUAUGACAGCAGUACGGAUGGUGCGGUUUCAUCAGCAGCAGGUGCAAGUAAUGCGAAAGAAGGUAAAACAUCUUCGUGGUACUGAUGAAGUUUGUUAAAUAGAAAGUUUUAGAGCAUUUUUCAAUUGAGUAGGUAAGGUAAUCCCGGAUUACUUUGUUUUUACUCAAAGUCGCUCUGUGAUUGGUGCAGAAAACUCGCGCCACUCUCUCAACCAAUCAGAUGCGAAACUAAGCCACGAAUUGGUCGCCCACGUUUUCCCGCGCUUUUGGCAGUCUGAUUGUUUUUAUUUUGAGUUUUCUUAGGCUCUUUAACGUAUUUUCCUCUCUUCUAAUUGGCCGUGGUGAUUACUUUGAUUUUGGUUGCGACACUCAAUCAAAAAGCGCUCUCACUUGACAGCAAAGCGUACCAGAGCUGCUUGUUAGUUUUCAUUUGAAUGGUCACACACUAGAGUUUCAUUCAGUUACUUAAGAGUUUGAACCACUUUGCUCAGCGUAAUAAACAACACCAAAUGAAAUUACUGCUCCGUAAUUUUCAUUUGAUUGGUAACACGCUAGCAUAAUUUAUUGAAAACUUGAAUAAGCGUAUGAAUGAAUUUAAUCUUGGUCCAAAGGAUCAAAACGAUUUUUUUUAAGGAUCCUGUUUUUUAGGACUCACUGACAUAGGGAACGAAUAUUCAACAAUUUCCAAUAACUAAUUUUGCUUGUUCAUACAGAAACAGAUGACAUUUCUCAAAAGGGCUUGACAUAAAAAUUUUCAAGAACGAUUUAUUUGAAUGCGUCAGAUUAAAAGAAAAAUAAUCUGCCAAUAGUCAAGAUUAACAUAUUAUGAAAAACAAUUGAGACUCAGUGAAAAAAUUGUGAUCAAAUUCCUCCACGAGAAAGAAGAACCCCCCUACAUUUGCUUCGCAACCCAACGUGUUUCUUCGUGGCUCAGUUGGUAGUAGCGCCCGAUUAGUAUCAGAGGGGCAUGGGUUCAAAGCUUGUCAAAGCUAGAAUUAUUUUGAAGUUUCUUUUCUGCAAUUGCUUAAAUUGUAGCUCACUGCGAGGAUUAUUGAUUUACAUAAUUUUUUUACUUGUUUCAUUUUGUUAUAUUUUUAAAAUAUUGUUUUUCGAUUUUUUUCAAACGUAAUUUGUAUGCUGACAUUCUAUCGACGCCUGCUGGAUUCUACAAUUUAACUGACUAUUUAUCUGGUUUAGAGGGGUUCAUUUGUCAGCCAUUCGCUCAGAAAGUCACACGAAUUUGUCAAUAGGGGUUGCGACAAUUCCAACCUUGUUAUGUUAUUUGCCCUUUGUAAACGCAAAACGGGUUGCUCAUACAAUAACCGCUGUUACGUGUAUAUAAUUGGGAUACUUUGCUAGAGGAAAAAAAACCCUGAAAAUACGAGCUAAGAUUUACUAUUCAUCGACAACUGUUUUGGCCUGCUCGCGGCUAGUUGUGGUACUUUCAUUCUCUUCAGUCACGACUUCACGUGGUCACUCAUGUUUCCUCGCGCUCAAGGCAGUUAGCUUGCUUUCCUUUCAUUUCCCAUGAGCACCUUGUGAUGUUUUCUCUUGCUUUGAUUGGCCGAUGUCAGAAUGCCCUCCAACGUGCAGAGAAAAAUAUUACCGGAGUUUAGGGAUUCGUAUUGCGAAAGAUACACCUACAAUCGUGUCGAUGAUUUGCGGUUUGGAAAGAGCUGCAAGAUCUUAGAUCGACGAAGUGGUUUUGCUUUGUCGUGAGAGGCUACUAAAGAGUAUUUGCCUUACGUUAGCAAUUUACUUUUUAGUGUUGGACUUCUGUUCCCCGUUUCGUGUGGUCGUUAUUCUAUUUCAACAACCGAAAACCUGUUCUGGAACAGAGCACAGCCUAUUGCUCCAUCAACCCUUGCUGCGAGACUUGAGCUGGUUUGUGCGCUGAAUACAGCAACGGAAAAACUAACAACACUAAAUAAAAUAGUGUUUCAUCCAUUACAUCAUCUCUAUUACUCAAUAGGGAAUUCUUUAAUAGUUAAACUGCUCGGUUGGGAAAUUCUUAGCUAACUAUUGAAUAAACUGACAUAUGUUCUUGACUAUUAACCUCCGCUAAAUUCUCUCGCUUCGUAAUAGCGUUGCUAUAAUAGAAUUGACAAAAACAUCUAAGAAAGAAAAUUGCUAAUUUUCACUAAAAUUUACAUGAAAUGAGCGAUUUUCUUCAAUCCGUUUUGAAUGAUACUUGUCAACUUUUAAAAUAUCACUUUGAAAAAUCCUUUUCGUUUAUUAAUGUUUUAAAUUGGAGUGAAUUUUUUUUGGAACGCUGUCUAAAUUGGAAGUAUUAUUUUCCAAGCGAAUUUUACGUUCAACUUCUAAAGUUAAAUUUACAAACAAAAAUAAGGCCGAUGGUGUGACUCUGACAGUCUGACAAAUAAACCCCUUAAAAUCUCAAUAAUUCAUUUAUCUUUUUAACAACAAUAUUGUAUUGCUAUUUAUUAUAAAAAGCUUAGAAAUUUUUGGAUUCCACCAGGUGUUAUUCUCUUAUCAGUUUACCACGCUUAAGCAAGAAUAUUGAUGAGAGAACUUUAAUAGAGCUGUGUAAGUAAUUUGAUGACGUCAUGUGACCGUUUGAACCGAGUUCUUUUAGGGUUUUGGCAUUUUUGUUUGAUUAAAUUUUAGAGAUGCGUCUUAAAGUCACUAUUAUUUCUUGAGCGUAGUAGCUGGACUAAUGACGUCUUAAAAAGUUUGCUGGUCAAAAUAAAGAUUAUACUUAGACUGACAGUAGUGAGUUUGCUGUUUUCAUUUUAAAUUUAAGUCAUAACAAUCUAAAAUGAUAAAAUGGUUACCCGUGAUUUUUAAAUGUUCCACGUUAUCUCCGCUUUAUUCUUGAAAUAAAUUGUAGUUCUCGAGGAUUUAUAUCACUGUAUUCCUGAAAUCAAAAUAUGGCUUUGCAAUAGGGUUGAAAAGUAGUUCUUUUUUUUUUUUCCAAAAAAGUAGUUCUUUUUUUUUUCCAAAAUGUCAAGUCUUCAGCUAGUCUCAUACAUAAAUGGAAGGUGUUCGACGUGUUUUCUUUUCGGUUUUUUCUUUUUUUUCAGCGGUCUCCGUCAUCCUGUUGAUGAGUAGGUGGGAAUUGACGAGCAUAAGUGGUAUCUAUUUUCAAAAACGUCCAGCAGGAUUGGAGCUUCCCUGUUAUUUAUAUGGUGAAUCUCUCCCCUCCCCCCCCCCCCAACCCUAACCCCAACCCCCUUUGGCCGCCUGGAAAAAUUUUGUUGUCUCGGAAAAACCUAGAUCAACUCUCUAUUGAAACAUUCCCAUAAACAAUCAUCUCUCAAAAUAUUUUCCCUUCGUGUUCAUCCGCUUGAUGACGAAAAAUCCACCAUACAUUUAGGCAUUCAAACAUGGCAAAAACACACCGGGUUGUCAAAAGAGUAUUCCCAGGGAGAAAUCGAUUGUUUUUUCAUUUUGUCCCUUUCCCCUCCCCCCCCCCUCCCGCCCUUAACACUACCCUUGCGUUACCGUCUCUGUUGAGUUGGUGUCUCUCUUGACCUGGUAUCCCUGUUGGCUGUGCAUUACCACUGCUGUGCUCUCUUAACCUUCUGCUCUGCUGUUCAGAAAGACUUUUUUACGAAAAAAAUGUUACCAACCGAGGUGAACAAGACAUCUCAAAAGCAAAGGGAAUCGUGAUUCGCAAAAUUGCCUGCGCUGAAAAACGAAGUUAUGUGAGCAAACAUUUCUUCAUUUUAUGGUAACCUUUCCAGCUCUGUGAUUUAUGGUCAGUGACCCUCGAGAUCAAUUUUAGAUAACAUGAAAGUGUUUUUGGCAUAAGCCCAAACCUCUUAAACCGCCAAACACCGAGAGAUCAAAAAUAAAUUUCUUGUUACCAGCUAUCUCUUUGCACUGAAGAAUGACGAUGCCUCUAUAUAAAGUACGAGCAAAACCUAGUGCAAGUGUAUUCUGUGCUAAGUUCUUUAAAACAGCCUUGAACUGAAUGUAGGACGAUCAUUAACGAGAAUUAAAAUAUUGAUCAAGCGAUUAAGUGAUCUAUAACCAUCCAUGCGUCUAUCGGAUAGAAUAAUUACUUUUUGAUUAUUGACUGUGGCACAGUUGAUUUGACAAAGUGUAGCACUUGUAUUGCUCAGCGUGUGGCUACGUCUAUGAAGUGUUCAAGAGUAGUUACACCCGGAGAUAUCCACGCGAGCGAUACCUUAACACCAGGUAAAGAAUGGAUUCCGUUGCUUUUUCUUAUGUUUUUGUCUGCCUUUGAUUUCUUGGUUCAUUUCUGCACGACUGAUUGUGAUAAUGAGUACAAGUUCCUCGAAUACUUGCUCGGGAAAAGGUCGAGUACACAGUAUUUUUUUUUCGCGUCUUUUCAUUGCUUUCAAUAUCGCCAGUUCGUUCUCCGUGUCCUUUUCAACGAAGAUCGAUACUGUAUUUCAAUCUCUUAAGAACUAAUUUAUCGAUUCCUUUUUCUGUAAUGUAUACUAAAUGAGCACGAGGAAUUGUAUUCUUCACGUGUACGAGUAAUUUCAUGUUCAUGACGUUUUCAUGUUUUUCUGUAAUCCUGUAGCAUCGGAGCAUUCUGUUGAUUGAAAUUCAUACAUUCUGUUCGAAAAAGAGGUCGUUUUGAAAGCUUAAAUUGAUUUCGACGUGCACAAUUCCACUCAAAGUGGUCGGUAAAUGACGCUAAUUUUUAACAGUGGCUCCUUUGGGUAGUUCGUUCAUUGGCGUUUAUUUUCAGUUGUGGUUUUCAAGUGUAACAAGGUGAAUUUACAUUGUAAACACAAGGUCUGCCUCUAUGACUUGAUAGCCGUUAAAUCCAUUUAGGAACUUCGAGUUACUCUAUUAAUUUUCCAGAGCGUAUCGAAAUUUGCCUCUCCACUUGACCACAAAUUACUUUUCGAAUGUUUUGGGAAAUAUUUUUCAUUUCCUAAGCGGUUUAAUUAAAUUUGGUUAAUUUGUUAGAUAAGUAUCUUACGCAAUAAAUCAUGUACGUUCAUUUGUUGACCAGAAAGACAAACCAAUGUAAGUUGAAUCAUAACUCGCCUGAAAGUUAAAUGUUGAUUAUUUAACAGACGAGAAAUCUGAGGCAUUUAACAGUCCAUUAGAUCAUUUGUUAUCAGACGGAGCAAUAUACCUUAAUGUAAUCUUGUUCGUUCGUUACAAUAUACAUAAGCUACUCCACGGUAAAAUCAUGAUAUAUUGCGGUCAAAAGUUGAAAAAGAUUUAUGGCUUUUCUGCUCUAAGGGAAUGACUUCCGUUGCUUUCGACCCUUUGCAUAAUAAUUGGACUUUGUUAUUUUGUAUGCUUUCUAUUAAUACAACCGCAAGAAUUUUCUGCUCGACGGCCCGCAUGUGACAAAUCACAACCUCACGCUCAACCACUUUGUUUACGAAUCCUUUGAAUUUGCUCAGGGUUAGGACAAUAACUAUGCAUAAAUGGUAUUAAAAGUAAGAAUUUCCUUGUUCUCAGAGAUUGUGUGUUGUCUAGUAUUGCGAAAAGAUGAACUUUCCUAAGAGAUAUUUUUUAAGGUGGAGAUGUACCGUUCAAACAAAUAAUGCGUUUGGUGGGAGGUAAACACUUCAGUCUUACAUCACAUGAGGGAGACAAAUAAGAGGCGUAUUCGUGCCAACUUGGAACGAGCCCAAGUACUCGACGAAUAUAAAUUGUUUAUUUUUCCUGUAAACGUGUUAAAACUCGCAAAUUGUUUUUCUUUUUGAACAAGUUUGUAUUUUCAAGGCUAUCGAUUUACAAUGCAAUUAGUAGUAUACUCCUUGUCUGCAUAAAAAGAACUCAAUAAGUGGUCAUAUAUGAUGAAUUUACCAGUCCCCUUUUAAAAACUAUUUACAAUCUACCUCAUUGGCAGCUUUUGCUAUACUGUAAGUACAAGUUGUAAAGAAAGAACAAGAUAAAUUGGCUUUCUCAACUGAAAUGGUAAUGUAAAUUGGCCAUUGUAUGAAGUUUCCAAAGCUCAGUGACGUUGACAAAAAGCUAACGCUCGAAACGCCAGCUUUCGAAACUCUUUACAGUGGCCAAUUUACAUUAUCAACCCAGUUGAGAAAACCAAAUGAUCUUGUACAACUCCCCCCGACGCAGCGACACAGUUUCUUUAGAACUUAUCCCUUAAUUAACGAACAAGGAAAAAAAAUUUAAGAUAGACGUCAUCGAAGAAUGUUUCAGAAUGCAUUUGUAAUAACCCAUUCUUCAGACCUCGCAUUAAAAAUUUCCACUUUAUCUUUAAGGGAACUGACUGAAAACUGACCCUGAAUGUUGGUACCGUUGAGAGAUAUUCUUAAUUGUUUUUCUCUUUUUGCCUUCACUGUCUUCAACAAAGCGGUUCUUACAUCGAGACAAGUGAACAUACAGAAGUUCGUGCGCUUUGCAGACUAAUUCUUAACAUUGAAUAUGUGACAUAUAUUUUUUAAUUUAGACACCCACACUUGUGGUAAUGCGUUACAUACAAGUAGCCCACGUUUCACAGCAUGUUGCCCGUUGGUUAAUUCAAUACACUUUCCGCAUUGAGAGGAAACGCGUUGGUGGUGUUGAAUAAAAUUAAUCUUGUCACAUGGAAGUUUUUCGGAUAUUUAAGCUCAUUUGAUAAAAAGACACUUUUUGUCUCAACCAGGAACGCAAAGCAGAACUCAGCUCCACCCGUGGCAUGGCGCGCCAGCAUAUCUAGUCAGCGAGCAAGCCUUUAUUAGUAUUAGCGCGUCAGCACGAGUGUUUCUUCGCCUGCGGGAAAGAAUAAUGCUUUAAACAACGCGAGCCGGCGAGAAAUCUAGCACUGAUAGUGAUGAGUUCCAGAUCCCGGCAAAGCUCUCCCCCGACUUGCCUCAAGUCUUCCCCCGUGCUUGCAGGUCACUACACAGCAAGUGUCGUGGGAGUAAGAGCCUUAAAUAAUCUUUACACGCCUAAGAUCUAGAAGCUAAUUCCCCCAACCAUACAACACAUUUCUUUGUUGACCAAUCCUGAGAAUUGUUUUUUAAUCGAGGCAGUAUCUUCUAGUUGAUAAUAGUCUUAAUUCUCAUUACCUGUCUUCCUGACAGUGUUUGAAAUUGUGGAGAGAAUUGACAUACUGAACACUUGCGGGAGUGGUUGUUGUUUUGGUUUUGUCACGUAGGGAGCUCUUUCGGGAAGGAGUGUGUUGCGUGACCUAGCUCAACUCUUCCUGGGAAGACUAUCUAGGGAGGUAAAGUUCACCACACUGGUGAACAUUACAACUAUGAAGGGUAACAUAGAUCUGCACCUCACUAUUUACUUUAAGUUGGUCAUAUUUGUCUAAAGAGCCCUUGCUAGCAAUAGAAUAAAUAUGACUUUACAUGCUUUUUCUCUGCAUUAACAGCUAGUUUCUCUUAGCAUUAUUAAUAGAUUACGAGAACACAAGCGAAGAAAGAAAGCGGCAUCAUCAUUUCGGGUGUACUGCUAGUUUUUUGCGGCUAACAUAACAGAUGUUCUCAGUUAUUAGAAAGACAAUGAAGUUUUCGAUCGGACAUGGUAUGGGGGGUAAAAUUAACGUAGAGAAUAAAAGUCUUGUUUUCAGAUGAAACGUUCGACAAAAACAAUCAAAUUCCAAUCCACCUUAAUAGACUGUCGCUUUACCACUGAGUGAUCCCAGGAGUAAUUAAUUCGAAUCCUUUGUUCACCUUUAUUAAGCUCCCUCUGCUUGAAACAAACCGAUGACAAAAAGAAUCUUUUAUCGCAAUCUCUCUUUGUAACCAUCCCACUGACUGUUUCUUGAUUAAGAAAAUUCUGUCCUUUUGAUUUUCGUUUUUAUCCCUCUUCGUCACGUUAUGAUGACGUAUACUGGUCUGAUAUUUUUAUUUAUUGCACAAAAGAUGUUUUAUGUUCUGUUUGAACCUUUUAUAAUUAGAAGUUUAAUUUGUGUAUUUAUUUGAUUGUAAUUCGGGAGAAUUCGUUGAAAAGGAAACACUCUUACGCUCGGAACAAAAUGAAACAAAAACGUUCUUUUUGUUAAACAAAAAUAUUGUUUUGACUUUCGUUGUGUGUCGUCUCUUUCGAACUCCACUAGCAAUCGAAAUUUUCUUAACGAUCGACAACAGAAAGAAAAUUGUAUUUUUAAAGUUCGAUGAUGGGUGCUUGAUACUAGUUAAGCGAUAAACACAAUAACCUAAAGUCGUGUAGAUAACACGCCGUAUUUUACUAUUGUUUCACUCUUUGUCUUAGAGAUAACGGAAUUAUUUUCUUGUUUGUAUCAAUAAAUGCCAUUCCGAUUCAAGAUAACUUUGGUGAAUAUUUAUUGCCUUAAAAAUUGAUAUGAUUUGAUCUAUCUGCUUCAUAACAGAUGUUUGUGGCGAGCAUUUCAAAGCUUGAGAAGUGUCAUAAAUUGUACCUUAAUAUGGAAAGAGAGUUUCUCAAAAUAAAAUGCCAGCAUUUUGCGAAGGGUUAUAUUGUAGUUCAGGUUGGGGAUUUUUAAAACGCUAAGUUUGAUUGAAAAAGGUGUAAUUUGGAAAAAAUUAUGGAUAACUAUGUUUGCCCGAGGCCUUUGGCUAAUGGUAUGUCUUUUGUUUGUCUUCAGUUUUGCAUGUUUUUAAUUCAGUAAACUUUACAUACAUAAUUUUCUCAAAUACAGCCUGUUUUGUACUGUUAUCUUCCAAUAUACGAUAAGGAACGUUGUAGCAACCACAGAUAAGUUGUUCGUGACCUCUUAUACUGUCGACAUAUCGCUAAUAACUCUCGAAUCAAUUCUAGGGAGGUAGAUAUCAUCACGUAUUUCAAACAUCAGCGUGUGAUUUUGAACUGUAAUGUGCGUGGAAAAAUCGACUGUUUACUGACGUGAUAUCGAUAUCUUGCUGAGUUAUUUACUGCUAACGCCAAGCAGGUGAUAAUUGUGGUCUGAACGAAUCUUAUUUACCGCAGAGGUCGACGGCAUUUUUGAUUUCAUAUGUUAAUGACCCUCCAGGGACGAUAUGUGCAGUUAUCACAUACUUGAGCAUUGUUAUUUAAUUAGCUGUGCGUUCGUUUGCAUUCAUUGCAUAUACUGUUCCGUGGUGGACACGAUCUUGUCGUGUUUACCGUACAUCCUGCCGUUAAAAUAUCGCUAAUCCAGGUUAAAUAUCAUUAUUAGAAACUCGUUGUUGUAUUCACAAAGUCAUUCGUGAAUUGACAUUGGAAUUAAUCGACAUAACGUGUGAAAUAUCAGAAAUACAGCAAACAGACGGUCUGGACUUAAUGCGACAAAGCUUGUCCUACAAGUCAGCUUACUGGUAAGACAGAAUUUUCAUUUAUUUCUAUUGAGUGUGCUUUGCUAUCAAGUUUCGCUUUUAAUCGACAAGUAAGAAAGUGAAGUUUCAAUUUUAUCGGAGUAGUUAGUCACCUUUCAACAACGAUGUGCGAGCUGAAAAACUACUAUGUUUUUUCACAAUCGAAAAGAGUGUCGAUGCAUCUGCGCUUUCAAUUUUCCUGUUUCUCGAGUGUUCUUAAAGGAAAAUAGAAGGUACUAAAUCUAACGUUUUAGUUACGUUUUUAAUUGUCGAAAAUGUAGCAGUCUCACGCCUAACAAGGGAGGUAAAACGUAAUUACCUCGAUAACCUCAAUCAACUUCAAGUACAUAAUUAUAAGAUGCUAUUGACCUGAAAACCUCAUCUGUAACAUGCAAAUUUUGGAACCUUCUUAGGAUCUCGCUGUUAUACGAAAUUCAGUGUGUCGGCGCAUGCCCUAGAGGCUCCCUGCAGAGUUCGAAAUCGACCCAUUUUAGAGUGUAACCACCAAGUUGAAACAACAAACUCUUUACUUUUAAUUGUGUUGUACAACUUGGUUUUGUUUCGUUCAUUGCUUUUUAAAUAUAUUCUAUGUAGCAGCGCGAGUUAAUUUACAGUCAUGAUGUUUAUUUACAUUGCAAAGCUUUACUUGCGAAAGGACUCAGUUUGAAAGAACUGAGAGUUUCUAUGCACUUGGUUUUUGUUCAAGAACUUCAAGAUAUUUGUGUAAUACAGGUUUAAUUUCUGAAAGUAAUCUUUGCGUGAUUAGAGCAAUUUUCAAAGCAGUCCAGGAUUGCUUUAAUUUUGCUUCACUUCGCUCUGUGAUUGGUCCAGAAAACUUGCGCCACUCUCUGAAUAAAUCAGAUGCCAUUUAAAGCCAAUCAGGACUUGGACGCCCGCGUUUUCCCACGCUUCAGGCAGUUUGGUUGCUUUUACUUUGAGUUCUCAUUGGCUUUAAAUGGUAUUUUCCUUUUGAUUGGCUUUAUGAUUACACGUGCUUUGGUUUUGGUUUUGUAACGCGUAAUGGAAAUGCGCUCUAACGAAGUGCAAGAGAACUUGUUUUACCUAAGUGUGAUGAUCAAAAUGUUGAAAUGAAAACUGCUUGUAUAAGGACAUUUUAGCGGCACAGUUCUAGUAAUUUUGGCUUCUCAAAAUCUUUCGAAUAAGCUUUUUAUUUGUGACUUUUCAAAUGAAAGCCACCAAGUAAUACUUUCAUGCUUCAGAUCGCUCUCUUAAUUUUUAAGUCUCUGGAUGAAACCCAAAUACGGAUGAUAAGACGAUUCUGCUGACCCACAGGACACAUGAGGGAAAUUUCAAAUCCUACGUUUACUCUGGGCGCUUUGGUUCUGUUUCCUCUCCGUUUUAGAGCGAAGUACCAAGCUUGUAAUAGCUGUCGGAUCAAAACGCCAUGACUAACGAAGGUUGAUGUCGACGAAAGCUUUGAUCGAUCGAUAUCUCCCCGGGCUCUUUCGUACAACUUCCUUCAUAAGUUAUGUCAAACACGGUUGCAUCCAAAAUAACGGGAACUUUUUAUUGAGCCGACAAAUCGGGUCCCCGCUGCCAAAAUAACUCUUCAUGAUGAUCAGAUAAUCUGAAGUAGCAAAAUUCGGAAAAACUAUUUCAACAGACGUCUCAGUAUAGCUCCAUUUCGCUCAAGGGAAAGUGUCGGUCAAUAAGAUCAUUUUUAGAGGCAAGUGUUGUACGAACUGAUGUUCUUACUGUUUCCUGUUUUUGAAAGUCACUUUUUUUCUUUUCGAUGGUUGGUUUAUUUUUUCUGGAAACAAUUUGAUUUUGUCACGGAUUUUCAUGUUCCAAUAAGUUUUUUUUUUAAUAAAAAUGCAAUAAACAUCGAAAAAAUGUCACAUGACCUUUCACCAACCUUAAGUUCGCCAUUGAGGUGAUGUUCGUAGUUUCCUCGGAAAGCAACGGCCAGUUUCUUCAGAAAAAGGUUAAUUAUUGUUUAAGAUAGUGUAACAUUUUUAGCAAAUUAACUAAAUUAUCUUGUCUUGCCGCAACACGGGUGAACGAAAUGUAUAUCAGUAUUUAUUAUCUCAUCCUGACAAAGAUCACAGACAUCCCUAGAUGAAGCAAAACAGGAACAAUUUCAGAUGUGUCAGCAUUUUCGUCAUCGUCUGUUUGCAGCUAAAUCCAAUUUGAAGUCACGACAAUAAGGCUGUGUAAACACCAGCUUAGGGCCUACGGAUUGCAUUUUCUUUCCUGAAACUCAAUGCCUUUUCGUUUUUAAAGAUCUUUUUCAAAAGAGAAUGGAAAGAUUCAUAAUCUCUGCUUCUCUAUUUCCGUCAAUUGUACUGUACUGUAUUGUAGGUUGCUUUCAUUUCCUCGCCUUUGCUUUCGUUCACGUCAAUUUUAAUUCUAAAGCAACGAAAGAAAAAUCGUCGGAUUUUAUAAUCUUGCUUAACGAUAUUUGUAGUUAGAGAAAAUGUGGUUUUUAGUGGAAACUGUUUGGGUGGCGACUUUAUUUUUUAUAUAUCUCUGUUUAUUUGCAACUCGAUACACAAGUUUGAGACCAAUAUUACUUGUUUUUACAGUUCCCACUCGCUUUACAAUCACAACAUAUUCGUAUCCCCCUCUACAGCCUCGUGAAAUCCUAAAUUUAGAGAAAAAUGUACUUAACGUUCUAAUUUUAUCACGUUUGUCCUCUAACUUUGGUUUAUCAAUUUGUCUGGCUCUUGUUAAACUAAACAGUCCACGGGAAAAAUAUUUGCAGAAUUUUGUCUUCUGUGAUAACAGGAAAUGUUUGUAAUUGGUGCGCACGCCUCGAAGAUUAAAUGUCUCAUUGGUGUGGAGUUAAUUUAGUGGGCUGCGAUGAGUACUUCAGUUUUCUUUUAUAUUCCCGACUUCUCUUCUGCUGUUUUUCAUCAAAGUGUAAUAAGGUUGAUAUUCUGUUUACAAACAUUCAGACAUCCUCGUUGCGUUCUCAAAAAUUUUCAUAGUGAUGUUAUUACCCGAGGCCUCGACUUUUUACCUUUGAAAUUGGCAGCUUGUUUUUCGAGAAAACUUCGUACAGCGUAACUCCAGAUCAUUUUUUCCGUGAUUGUGACCUAUCUGCCAGUUUAACACCUUGUGAUAGAGUGUUUAAGCCGUUAUCUCUUAACUCAUUGAUGUGAGCAUAUCUUAGAUUAUUGUUCCAUGCUUUCCGUUGAGUUUUUGACGGAGUCGAUCAGAGCCAACCGGUGUCUGUCAAACGGCGAUUGAUUAACGAUGAUAUUUCUUCACCGACACUUCCAAUUUGGAUUGUACAACUAGCGCAUUAGGUACAACCUACCGUUUUUGUCAAUUGUCUAUCAUGUUUCACUUUCUAGUUUUUCUUGAUUCUUCGUCUGUGUCCGCGCUUCUUAUCGUUUGUUUUCGCGUGACUCGUCGUUUCAUUCGCUUGAGGAGCGAGAUAAUCUCCCGCGCGUUAAUUUUCCGAGUCUUUAUUUUGUUGGCGUUAGGUUUCAAAGACAAUCAAUUGUGCUAUUGUGAUGUUGAAGCGCGCCAUGGCUUCGCAUGGAGCGGACCAUUUACAAACACGGUGAGAUCAUUCGCUUAGGCCGUAAUUCUUUUGUUUGCUUGGCCUUCCUUGAGCUUAUUUCGGAGGUGAAGCUCAUGUCAACGGCUUCGCAGCGGUGUUUUAAGCCCUAAAAACUGGAUACCACGAGAACGCGAACACUGAUUUGGGAUUUACUGGGCGCCACAGGUCGAGUACUGAAUUUCUUCUGUUUCUAUUUGGUAAUAGAUACGGCGCGCUGGUGAUAUUUUGCACGAAAAAAAUACAACCCAGGAAGCCAUUAGAAAAGAAAUAGCUGAUUCAUUGAAACUUUUACAGGAUAUUCGUUAAGCAAUUCCUUCCUGAUUUGUGUCUUGGGUUUGGUUUCCACCGCCGGACUGCGCGGAGUGAUGGCGUAUGUCUGUCAAAGUUAUUGCAGUUGUUUUAUCACUCAGCAGUUUGGUGGUCGUGUAGAAUCCUUCUCAGAUGAUUUCAUAAUGUCAUAGUGUUAGGUUUAUUGGUUUAACAAUGCUAGUGAUUUUAGCAUGGGAAAUUCUGCGAAAUUCCAACCCAUGCGUCCCAAACGGGAAUCUGGGAUUUUAUUUCCCUACCUGCGGUGCGGCGCGCUGAAAUGAGACGGGCGCGCAACUUUAAACGUGUACAUAACACGUUUCUUGCUACAAUUGGAUCGGAAGUUCAGAAAGGAAACUUAGGCUGGGCAAAUCUCGAAUCGAGUACCUUCUAAAUCUUUUUAUGGCAACAUUUUGUGUCAUUUGGCGUAUCCGCCAAUAAUCAGCCCACGCACUGGCUACUUCGUGAUCCAUGAGUAACAAUCAAUUGCGAAUCCUAAAUUCUCCGAAUCGUUUAUAAGAUCAGGUUACGUUACAUCUCGGACGGUAUUCCUUUCGCGGAACUGAGCACAACGUCGGCUUGUAUUCGGUGGCGAGUUUAUUGAUGUCUUCGUAUGGCUGUUUUUGCUCCUUUAUCUUUUAAACGAAGCGGUGUCCAGGAUUUCCCGCACUGUAAGUCAAUUUUCAGUUGAUGGUUCGUGUUAUUUCAAUCUACAGUCAAAACGAUUCGCGCGAAAGAUAACCAGAUGAAGGAAUGCUGUGUAUUUAUCUUCAUCUCGACGAAAUAAUAGCAAGCCGACCACAGUGAUUUCGAGUAGGAAUAUCAUGAUAAAGAUUGCUAUCUUUGACAUCUCCAUUCUCAGUGUUGACUCUAAAACUCGUGUGCUCCCUGAAAAACGUCUGCAGCAGUGAAUUCCUUAUCCUGGAGACAAAUAUUUCAUAGUUUUGCGAGUUGUGGAUUAUCUCUUUGUAAAAAAAAAAAUAAUUCUCACAUUUGUGGUUAGUAUUCGGCCCUAAGUUUGUGCAACUUGCGCCGGUAAUUUCCGCAAGAAGUGAACGGGCUUAAUUUCGUGAGCUAUAAGUCAACUGAUUUUUGCAUAGCGGCUUAUAAAUAUCCUUCACUAACGAAAUCUUUCAAUCCUCAUCAUCACAGAUUACCACAGCAAGUCUGAUAAAACAGAGCAAGAUAGUGCAGGAAAAGGAGACUCUGACGCUCUGAAACGUAAGUAUUUAUGAUACUUUCUUUCAGUGCAACUCUUCAGUUUGUGACUAGUGAUUCAAAGUAAUUAUACUGAAGUUCUGACUCUGUAGCUCUCAACUACAUCUCAGUUGGUGCUGACUUUUACAAAGUUGGAACCGUUAAGCGUAGCAAAAUAAACUUACUGCAUGAUAAGCUUUCAUUGGAAUGGUCACACGCUUGGGUUUUUAUUAACGAAUUCAUACCUUAUUAGAACCAUCUUGAAGACAAUACUAAAUGAAAUUACUGAAAGAACAGAGUUCAUGUUCGCGCGCAUAAAUAUGUUUUGGGCUCGACCUAGAGUCAUUUAGUCCUCUCCUCGCGAUUCAAGCCGAGAAGGGUCAAAAUAUUUCCAUACCCAAGAACAUAAACAGUUGUGCUAUUAUCAUAACUUUGGAGGGCAUUGAGAAAAUAAAAACUGAAGAAUGAAAAACAAAACAAUCUGAACAAUUGUGUGACUAUGCGAGCAUUUUAGCCUUCCGAAAUCUCCACUAUAACCCGCUAAAUGCGCCACAAUUUCCUUUAAAGUGAUAAUGAUUUUUAGUAGCUUUCAAUUGAAUGGUGGUACACGAGGGCUUUAUCAUCAGACUUGAAAGUUAUAACCACUUCGUUCUGUAGAAGAACGAGUGCCACAAGAAAAUAUUGUUCAGAAGCUUUCACUGGAAUGGUCACACCUCAGGGUUUUUAUCACCAAACAUUAUGUUCUCUUUCAAAGAGUUUCGACUCCGUAUUUGCUCUUUGUAUACAAAUGCAAACAUUAUAACCACAACAAUGCUAUAACCAAAUGAUCACAAUCGAUUAACUGAAAAGAGAAGUACCGUAAGCGUUUUCCUCUACAUAACGGUUAGCGAAAACUUUCAUUCGGAUUUCACAUGCAAUGUAAAAUAUUUUGCGAAAAAACCAGCUACUCUAAGUAGUACAAGAAUGUAUUUUAUCUGCGGUAUUUCAAAAUGGUGUCUCUCUGUCUAGUCGCUACAAACUUAUCCAUUUGAACUACCCAAGUAUUCCGUCGAUUAUUUUCCGACAAGCAAACCGAGAAAAAAGCCUCCAUAAGUGUAAGGUCAUUUUAUUUAUAAAAUCUUAUUAUCAUUUUGUUUUCAUCAUACCAUAAGCCUAGUGAACCAUUUAUUAAAUUCUUUAAGGUUUCUUGAGCUGGCACGCAAGCCUAAGUCGGUCUUUUCAUUCAUAGUCGAGUCAACUAUUUCUUCCUUUUUGAAUCUGUACGACAAGUUAGGAGUGUUACCUUGAAGUAUUUGCACCUCAGAGCUCUGGCCCAACUCCUUGAUUUUAUUGUUUUCAUAGUUAUUUUCUCAAACAACAGUAAUUACACGAAAACUCAUUUGACCUUGGGGCGCGAUCUUGCGGAAUUAUUCAAUUGUAUCUGAGCAACUUCAAGCGUUUUACUUUUAAACUUUCCUGCUGUGAAAGUGGGAUUCUUUUGAUCUGUCGUUAUCGAAAAAGAAAACAUGGACAGAGAUAUUUCCGUUAAAUGGAAACUCUAUCACUAUGCAAUUGGAAUAUUUGAAAUAGCCAAAACGUAUAGGCAGUUACGUACCAUUGUGUAAUGCGGACAAUCUUUCGAGGAAAUAUUUUGUGGAAUGUGUUUACUUGGCUCGUCUCUUGUUUCCUCAGAUAAGAAGGUUACAAUAGCAUUUUGGAAUUUCUUUAGUGUAGAUUACCCGAGAUAUUUCUCUAGCAAGCCUUGUUGUUUCGGCCAUAACUGUCACUGUUAGCAUCACGUUUGAGUGAACAUCCAGAAAUUUUUAAAAGGUGCAGAAUUGUCAGCAGUUAUUAAUUUUGAUCGCUCAAGGGCAUUCGAAGUGUUUGUUUUUCUUUUGACUAAUUAUAGAUUUAAAAAAAUGUCAAUAAACACCAAGACGUCUGGGUGGUUUGACCUUUUGGUUCAUUUUAUGGUAGAAAAUAACAUUAACCAGUAAAUUCUCAAGUGGACAAUUGAUGAGAAUUACGAAACUGAUCAGUUAAACUGGGCUCACUUCCUUUAGGUAGCUUUCAAUUCUCACAACACACACCACACGAAUAUCAUUUUAUUUAUUUGGAAUAAAUGGUAUUUUGAUCUGUUGAUUGACAAGGUUUGAUUAAAUUGACCUUAAAACUGAGACAUUAUUCUGCGUUAGUGCCGCGUUCAUGAACACUUGGUCAAAGUCCCCGGAGGGGAGGGGCGGGGAAGGGAGAGGGGGAGAGGGAGAGCUUUAAGCUUUUCAUUCUUCCCUUCGGCCGUUAUUUUGAUCCCCUUCCGAUCGUUAUUGAGGAUGAUUGCAGUGUUAUGACUGAGGAGUUUUCGCAAUUUUCUUAAAUCAUCACGAAGUUCUUCGCUACCCACUUUUGAGCUUUGACUGUACGAGAAGCGUAAGAGGCAAAAAUCUCAUCGUAACACCUAUAGGAUGCUUUUUUAAUACAUUUUUUUGGCAGUCCAUGAACAUAUAUUCAAGGAGACAAACUACGUUGAAUACUAACUGCAGAAUAUUGCUGACCUAUCACCAAAUUCUCAAAACUAGGGGGUAUAAGGAAUGUAUUAGAAUCAACAACUACAAGUGGUUUUUUCUGUAAUCUUUAAUUGAUUAAUUGAAUGAAUUUUUUUUUACUUGAUGUUGGGCCAAGGAAAGCAAUCACGUAGCGUGCGACCCUGGAGAAAGUUUAAGGCGAUUUCCGGAAUUAUAACUAAAGACGGAUUUUACUCUUAAAUGUGCUGUUCAAAACUAUGUCGUGAACUCAGAGUGCAGUCAAUUCUAUUACUUGUUUGCGAAAAAUAUUUCAAGAUACAGGAAAGCUCAGAGGACGACUGAUUUUGCGAGUUACUCGUUUGUCGUUCUCUUUAUAUUUUACUUUUUAUUUUUUAUUUUAAAGAAUUGUUAGAGACCACUGUUUUGCAUUCGUUAUGCUGAUAUUUGAGUGAAUUACAUCCAAUGGACCUUGAACGUGGGGAGUUUGGAUUAUUUAAAAUACCUUUUGAAAAUACCUUAGUACGUAUAACGUUUUCCUUCGGGACGUGAGGGGGUCACUGAAAUGCUGUUAUCGAGUUAAGAUUUUUCCCUCAAGUAUCUACGCAUUCCGCGAAAAAUCUGCGGAAUCUGCUUCUCUCUUUCUGCCAAUAUUAUUCCGGAUUCAAUCUCAAUUAGUACUAAUAGCUGUGACAGUUAUAACGAUAAGGAACUCACGUAUUUGUAAGUCAUUUAAGACCUCUGUUUUGCAUUCGUUGUGCUGAUAUGUGAGCGAAAUACAUCCAAUAGACCUUGAACGUGGAGAGUUUGGAUUAUUUAAAAUACCUUUUGAAAAUACUGUUGUACAUAUAACGUUUUCCUUCGGGACGUUAGGGGGUCACUGAAAUGCUGUUAUCGAGUUAAGAUUUCCCCUUAAAUAUCUACGGAUUCAUUCUCAAUUAGUGCUAAUAGCUGUGGCAGUUAUAACGAUAAGGAACUCACGUAUUUGUAAGUCACGAUCCAAUUUUUGAUUAGAGUAUUGUUAUCUGUCUCAAGAUCUUAUCUGAAUUACACGUAGUCAAUAUUUUAUUGGCCAUAAUUGUCUCUAGUGGGUCGUUCGUCCUUGAAGUCUUUGACAUGCGAUGAAGAAUUGCUUAUGUUUCUUGGGCAAAAGAACCGGCCAUUUACCCCCCAAAAAAACAAAUAAAAGCGUUCUGAUGUUUGUAAAGCUUAGAGACGUUUGUAAGAAUUUCAUAACUGAAAUAAUAGAUUCAUUCGUAAACUUCAAGUUACCUUCUUUUGAAAUAGAUAAAAGAAAUAUGUGUGCAAUUUCAUUAGAAGUGUUAUGGCGGCCUUACCAAUUGCCUUUACAUUUAAAAUAUAUGGAUUGUGCAUGCAGAUGAAAACAACUCAGCAGUCCUUUCAUUUGUUACUUUUAUGUUUGUAUAUAUUGCACAAGGUGAGGCUAACUUUUUUAAUUUGCGGAUAAAUCAUUUGGCCAUUCUAAUGAAAGCUUUCAUCCACUAUUGUGUGUGUGUGUUUUGUGUUUUUUAAAGUGGUCUCUGAGAAUCUUUGUCUAUGAAAUUUUGGAUCAAUGUCAGAUUCUGAGCGACUGCCCACCCACCCCUCCCCUAACCAAAAAACAGUCGACUAAUAAUAAGUUAGGGUUGAUGCCGAGUUUGGGGAGGGGUAGGUGUUGUGAAAUUUUUGCUAUGCUUCAGUUACUAAAAGAUGUCUUAUUUUGGUGAAGGUCCCCCUGAGUACGUACCUGGUCCGGUGAAUGGCCACUUGUACGCCCAGGUGGACAAAGCACUCAAGAAGAAAGUGCGAUCCAUGAGCUUGGAUAGUGGUGCCCGGUCAAGAGGAGCGGAACAGUUGAACUUCUUUGAAAACAGAGCAAACACUUUGAAUCGAAAAAAAGCGUACGGAUUUAGAAGCAAAGAAAAUGAGGAUUUUGGACUGACACAACCCAGUCUUCAGCACAACAAUAGCAGCAAAAUGCAGCAUUCGAGUGAGGACGGCCGGAAUAGGGAGAUGAAAUCGUUUGAUAGGCUUCUGCAAGAGCUGGGGGAAUGUUCAGAAAUUUUGGAUUCAACUUUACGACAGGCUGGAUCCGGGUCGAGAGGCGUGCAGUCAUCAGGUAUUCCUGUGGUCAACGGAGGAUCGAGGUCUGUUAUUCCUCCUGGUCCUCCUGUGCGCCAAAAGGCGAGUUUUGAAGUUGGUGAGCGUUACAGUAGGAGUGGCUUAAUAGGAGAACCGCUGAUUCCAAAUGGGAUCAGUGCUGUAAGGUACAACCAAAGUAACGGACCCUCUUUUGGAGCAACGCAUACACGAGUCCCUAUCAAACCGCCGCCAUAUUCACAAAAUAGCUCGUGGAAUGGCAAUGUUAAAACUGGGCAGAUGUCGAAUGGAUAUUCUGACGGGGAUGCGCUUUCGGUUGUCUUACACGACGCGCCUUUGUCUAAAGUGUCACCUGCCAUGUCUCCAACGUCGCCAACAUUUUUCGCCACCACUGAAGUAAUGCCAAGGACGUUAAAAGCUAAAACAGUUUCUCACACCACUUUGGGAUACAACUUUGUUCCAAACAGCGGUGACCAUGUUGACGGUGCUGGUAGGAAUGAAGAUGUUUCCGUCGCCAGCCAAAGGACGACUUCUAGUCCUGGUCAGCAGAGACGAGGUCCUAAAACCUUUGAUUUCAAUAACAAUGAUGAUAAACUAGCCGUCGUCGAAGACUUUUUUCGAUUUAGAAGGGCGAAAAACGAUCCAGGAUUCUGA